AUGACGGAUCCCGUUGUCUUGCAGUCUGCGGUGCGAGUGCCUACUCCUCCACCAGGUGCUUCGUACUCGCCGCAAGCCUCAGCGUCACGGAAACGGUCUCCCCCUUCUCGGUCGCCUUCACCAAACCGUCGACGGUCUCCCCCGGCUGGCUCCUCGAAGGAUGGCGCGGAUCUCCCUCAGCUCGCUGAAGAACGUGCGGUGGAGAGAGAGCGUCAGCUCGCGGAACGUGUUCGCCAACAUGAGAAGCAGGAGGCUGCGCGAAAGCCAAUGACCGAGGAAGAAAAGCAAGCUUCUGCCAAAGCAGAAUAUGACAAACUCUUGAACAUGCGCUCGGGAGGUACCUAUAUUCCUCCCGCGAGAUUGCGCGCAUUGCAGUCGCAGAUUACGGACAAAACCAGCAAAGAAUAUCAGCGUAUGGCUUGGGAAGCGUUGAAGAAGUCAAUUAAUGGUCUGAUCAACAAGGUUAACGUGUCGAACAUUAAGUUUAUUGUGCCGGAGCUUUUUGGAGAGAACUUGGUUCGCGGACGGGGUUUAUUCUGCAGGAGCAUUAUGAAGGCCCAGGCCGCUAGUUUGCCGUUCACUCCGAUAUACGCUACGAUGGCGGCAAUCGUCAACACAAAAUUGCCCCAAGUAGGUGAACUACUUCUCACGCGGUUGAUCAUUCAGUUCCGGAAAGCAUUCAAACGAAACGACAAGGCUGUAUGCAUAUCUUCCACCACCUUCAUUGCCCAUCUCUGUAAUCAGCAGGUCGCCCACGAGAUGUUAGCUGCGCAGAUACUCCUACUCCUCCUUCACAAGCCUACGGACGAUAGUGUUGAGAUUGCUGUCGGCCUUACAAGGGAAGUCGGACAACAUCUGGAGGAAAUGAGUGGGCCCAUUGCAUUGGCGGUAUUCGACCAGUUCAGAAACAUCCUGCACGAAGCCGACAUCGACAAGCGAGUACAAUACAUGAUCGAGGUUUUGUUCCAAGUGCGGAAAGACAGAUAUAAGGACAACCCAGCGAUCAAGGAUGAGCUGGAUUUGGUGGAAGAGGAGGAUCAGAUCACCCACCGCCUUGGUCUCGAUGACGAAAUUGAGACUCAGGACGGUCUUAACAUUUUCAAAUACGAUGCUGAGUGGGAAGAGCAUGAAGAGGCCUACAAGAGAUUGAAGGCCGAGAUUCUAGGAGAAGGCAGCGAUGACGAAGACGACGAGAGUGGUUCAGAUGUGAGCUCGGAUGACGAGUCGGACGCAGAAGAACAAAAGAUGGACAUCAAGGACCAGAGCAAUACGGAUUUGGUCAACUUGCGACGUACAAUCUACCUGACAAUCAUGUCGAGUAUCGACUUCGAAGAAUGUUGCCACAAGCUGAUGAAAAUUUCACUGCCGGCUGGCCUGGAGCCAGAACUUCCGUCCAUGAUCAUCGAGUGUUGCUCACAAGAGCGGACUUACUCGAAGUUCUACGGUUUGAUUGGGGAACGAUUCGCGAAGAUCAAUCGCCUGUGGUCCGAUCUAUUUGAAGCAGCUUUUGCCAAGUAUUACGACACCAUUCAUCGCUAUGAAACGAACCGUUUACGCAACAUCGCCUGCUUCUUUGGCCACAUGAUCAGCACCGACGCCCUCGGCUGGCACAUCAUGUCAAUUAUCCACAUGAAUGAGGACGAAACGACUUCUAGUAGUCGUAUCUUCAUUAAGAUUCUCUUCCAGAAUCUCGGAGAACAUCUGGGUCUACCGAAGCUGCAAGAGCGGAUGAGAGAUGAAAUACUUCGUCCCAGCUUCGAGGGUCUAUUCCCCUUGGACAACCCACGCUACACCCGUUUCUCGAUCAACUAUUUCACAAGUAUCGGUUUUGGUAUCUUGACAGAAGACAUGCGUGAACACCUCAAGAAUCUCCCCAAGCCGACAGUUCCUGCGCUGCCCGCCCGCGAAGACUCGGUGUCGUCCAGAUCUCGUUCCUGCUCCACGUGCACAGGUCCUGCUCACUCUCGAUCUCGGUCCCGAUCUUACUCUUACUCACGAUCCCCUUCGCGGAGCCGUGGCCGUGCGCGCUCGGUGAGUCGUGGAAGGUCGUACACACGUUCUGUAUCAGGCUCCUCCCGCGGAAGAAGCUACACACCAAGUUACAGCGCUUCCCGCUCACGUUCACCUGUCUCACGAUCGCGCAAACGCUCAGUUUCAUACAGUCGAUCCAGAUCCGCCUCGCGGACGCCACCUAGGCGGACUCGCCAGAAGUCCUACGAUUCACGAAGUUUGAGUCGGUCCCGGUCACCACGCUCACCGUCUCGAUCUGUCACCCCUCCGCGCCAGCGGGGCAGCCGCAGGAACCGAAGCUACACCCGGUCAGUGUCCCGGUCAGUUUCGCCUCCCCCUCGACGCGAGCCGGCCUCGCGAGGACGACGUUACUCCUCAGCGUCGCGCUCACCUCCUCGGAAGGGGGCAGAGAGGAGUGUAUCGGCUUCCCGUUCUCCGAGACGUCCACCUCCAAGUCGCCGUGGCCGAGACUGCUCCGCGUCACGUUCCCCCAGCCCUCCACGACGCUCUGACCAGAGACGGAGAUAUUCAGACUCGAUGUCACGGUCUCGUUCCCCGCCACCCCGUCGUACCAAUGCACGCAGGUCGCCGUCCAGGACCCCGCCUCGUGCGACGCAGGGAGGUCGAGGCCGCGGGGUAGAUUAUAGCUAA